AUGAAGUACACUGCCGUCCUCAGCCUGGCCCUGGCCACUCUCGCCGCCGCCCAGAGCCGCAGCGACCUGCCCAGCUGCGCUCUGCCCUGCCUCGACGAUGCCGUCAAGGAGAGCUCGAGCUGCAAGACGGACGACUUUGCUUGCAUCUGCAAGAACUUCGACAAGAUUCAGGGUGCUGCCACCGGCUGCAUCCUGAAGGACUGUGGCCAGGACGUCGCGCUCAACAAGGUGCUCCCCGCUACCCAGGAGCUCUGCAAGAAGGCCCUUGCUGGCGGCAGCGGUUCGUCCGCCGGCUCGUCCGCCGCCCAGACGGACGCGCCCGCGACGUCUGAGGAGUCCAGCAACACGGUUGCGCCGACUGCCACCGUCGCGCCUACAACCAGCGCUGCGCAGCCCACGGAGCCUCCGUCCACCACCACUGCCGCGAACCCUCCCUCGGUCACCGCCGGCGCGGCUGCCGUUGGCCCUGCCAUGGGCCUCGCCGUCCUGGCCCUCGGUGUCUUUGCUCUGUAA